AACUUUUUCAUAGUGCUGUCUUUCUAAUCUAAACAUGGCCCCUACCACGCCGAAGAAAAAAACAGAAGUCGUCACAGACGAGGAUCGACAGCCAGGGGUGAUCUACAUUGGACAUGUACCUCAUGGCUUUUACGAGGAAGAGCUGAAGAAAUACUUCUCACAGUUUGGCAAAGUUCUACAAAUUAAGCUAUCACGGUCAAAAAAGAGUGGAAAGUCCAAAGGCUACGCAUUUGUCAAGUUCCAGUACACGGCCGUCGCCAAAACAGUCGCUGACACCUGCCACAAUUAUCUCUUCUUCGACAAGUUGUUGAAAUGCGAGUACAAGAAACCGGAGGAUCUCCACAAAGACACGUUCUUCUCGUACGACUGGCGGCCCAACAUCAAGCCCAAGCGCCUGCACAACACUGCUAAGUCUGAGGUCAAGGUCCAGAGGUCAGCCAAGCGCUCGAGCAGACGGCAGGCGGACAAGCUGAAGAAACUGAAGGAGCUGGGCAUCGACUUGCAGCUGGACGAUGUUCUGAGUAUGCCGGUGACCAACGUGACGGCACCCCCCAAGUCUGAGGGUUCAGGUUCCACUCCAGCCGCGGCGGGCAAAGCAGGCCGUAAAGUGACCCCAUCCCCUGGUGCCAGCGUGGCUCGGACCAACAAGACGCCAAAGACGACAGUGUCCUCCAAUGGCACGGCUGUUUCCACCCCGCCGCCGAGGACCUUGAAGCGAAAGCGGCCAGGAAGUGGGGCUGUGGCUGUGGCAAAGUCCCGCGAGACGAAGGCCGCUCCAAAGAAAGCACUUUCUGGGACUGAGAAAACGGGCGUAAAGAUGGGGAAAAAUACACCCAAGCGCAGUAAAGUGAAGAAAGGGAAAAAAUGAAUAAAUGUAAAUAUAGUCCUCA